UCUCUACAAACCAAACCUACACCAUCACACACACACACACACACACACACACACACACGAGCACUUGUUCGUAUUGGACACUUCACUCGCAUCUCAUACAAUACAGGUACAGCCUCCUUUCUGAGAGAGAGAGAAUUCAAUUGCGAAUUAUAUGCUGCGGCGAGUGGAGAUUCUGUAUGCAAUUGAAUUUUUCGGGUUGAGCUAAUAAUAUGGCGAAUAGCGAAGGGGAUGGGGAGAUCAGGCUGAAAGCAAUCGAGUUGAAGAAAGAGCUGCAGAAGCUGUUGGAGGCGAUCGUGGAGGAUGAAGACCUCAAUCUCAAGACGGUCGAUAGGGCGCACCAAAUGCUCUCUGUGUUGAAGGAUUUGAAACUCAAGAAGACUGCUGAUUUGGAGCUCCAAUGUCAAGAUUCCAUCCCCGUCGCCGUACCGGAGGAGUUCAAGUGCCCUCUCUCCAAGAAACUUAUGAGUGAUCCUGUCAUUCUUUGCACCGGACUGACAUAUGAUCGUGCCUACAUUCAAAACUGGCUUAAAUCUGGGAAGAGGACGUGCCCUCAAACCGAGCAGGUGCUGUCACACACUGCUCUCGUACCAAACCAUUUGAUCCGCGAUAUGAUAACGAACUGGUGCGAGAUUCGUGGGAUCAAACUGCCAGAAUGUAAUUACAAUGACGGGGAGGCCUUGUCCGAGGCCGACACACUGGAAGUCCAUCAUCACCUGGCCAAAUUGUCGUCCACGUUAUUAUCUGACCAGAUUGAAGCUGCUAAAAGACUGCGUCAGUUGACAAAACAAAUUCCUUCCAUUCGCUCGUUAUUUGCUGAAUCUGAAAAGGCUAUUCCACAGCUAGUGUCUGUGCUCUCUCGAGUAAAUACCACAAUUCAUCAAGGCCUGCUAGAGGACGUCAUCACCACGAUCUUGAACAUCUCCAUCCACGACAAUAACAAGAGGCGCGUUGCAGAGACGCCUAAUGUGAUUCAGAUUCUUAUUAAUGCUGUGAGGCCAGAGACUGCCACUGUGCGGAUAAGAACCAAUGCAGCUGCAGCCCUGUUCACAUUGAGCGCCCUUGACUCAAACAAGGAAAUGAUUGGGAAAUUGGGCGGCUUGAAACCCCUCAUCAUGCUGCUGGACGAAGGGCAUGAUUUGGCAAUGAAAGAUGCUGCCUCUGCGAUUUUCAGCCUGUGUAUCCUCCAUGAGAAUAAGGUGCAAGCUGUAAAAGAUGGCGCGGUUGGAGUGAUUGUGAAAAAGGUCAAGGAAGGAACACAUGUGAAUGAGUUGUUGGCGAUUCUUGCUAUGCUUUCGACCAACCAGAAGUCGGUUGAGAUGAUGAUCGACAUGGGUACAGUCCCUUACUUGCUCCGCAUCAUAAGAGAGAAUCCUUGUCCCCGCAAUAAGGAGAACUGCGUGGCCAUUUUGCAUACAAUCUGCUACAGUGAUCCGAGUACAUGGAGGGACAUGAAAGAAGAGGAGAACAGACUUCGCACACUAUCUAAGCUCGUUCAAGACGGCACUUCUAGGGCAAAGAGGAAGGCUAAUGGCAUUCUUGAUAGGAUGAACAGAGCUGUCAACAUCAACCACAGCGCAUAAAUGUGAGCACAUAUAUUCUGUAAAUUCUGGUGACAACCCUACUUUUGAAAACGAUCUUGAGGUAUCUCGUGGUCAUUUUUACCCCUUGUGUAUAUUCGCGUUGGAGAAAGGUUUUGAUCUCGGCUUAUAGUUGUGAAUAGUAUGCUUUUUACUGUGAAAAGUUCAUCGAUGGUUUUGUGAGCAUAUGCUUGCUUUGAUUGAAUUCUUAGUAGUUCAACUUUA